GAGGAUAUUCAUGACCAUCUAAUUAAAGAUUUGAUGGAUAAAUAUCCUUAAAAAAAAUUUCUUCUAUCCCUUAAUUACAUAAUGAUCGAUUAUAAAUUGAAUUCAGAAUUUAUGUCUCUUCGUAUAACUUAGAAGAGAUUAGAGGGAUAGCUGAGGUUAUCUUGAUACCGCAUGUUUGUAAAGUAAGUCAACCCGAUCUUCCCUCUUCCAAUCCUGUUGAUGAUAGAUUGUCACAGAUCUGUGUUAGCCAGGCAGAUCUACUGUUGGGUAUGGAGUCAACUCUCCUCUUCUCCGCCUUCUGCUUCCUCUCCUUCUUCUCCUUCUCUGCCGCCCUGACGGCUCUCUUUCCGCCAGAAGCCCGCCCCAGCAAGUCCGGCUACCUCCCCGUUGCCCCCAUCAAGUCCUCCUCGCCGGCGCCGUCGCUCUUCUUCGCAUACUACGAAGCGCAGAGUCCUCUGUCCCCGCUGGGUGACGCUCCGAUCGUCCUCUGGCUCCAGGGCGGCCCUGGCUGCUCCUCCAUGCUCGGGAACCUCUUCGAGCUCGGCCCCUUCCUCGUUUCCUCUUCCUCGUCGCUGUCUCUCCGCGCCAACCCCUUCUCUUGGAACCGCCGCUUCGGUCUCCUCUUCAUCGACAACCCACUCGGCGCUGGCUUCAGCGUCGCUCCUUCCCCGGCCGACAUUCCCCGGAACCAGUCCGCCGUUGCCGCCCAGCUUCUAUCCGCCCUCCUCUGCUUCCUCGCCUCCGACCCCUCUUUCCUCUCCCGCCCCUUCUUCGUGGCCGGCGAGAGCUACGCCGGCAAGUACGUCCCCGCCCUGGGCCACGCCAUUCUUCGCCACAACGCGGCCCUCCCGCCCAGCCGCCGCAUCAAUCUCCGCGGCGUCGCCAUCGGCAACGGCCUCACGCACCCGGCCGCCCAGGUCGCCACCCACGCCGAUUCCGCCUUCUUCUCCGGCCUCAUCGACGAGCGGACCAAGGCCGAGAUCGAGGCGCUGCAGGCCGUGGCCGUGCGGCUCGUCUCGGAGGAGCAGUGGCCGGAGGCCACGGACGCGCGUGGAAUCGUUCUGGAGCGGCUCCAGAACGCGACGGGGCUCGCGACGCUUUACGACCUGACCAAGAAGCAGCCAUACGAGACGGGGCAGGUGGAUCUGUUCCUGAACAGGGACGAGGUGAAGGCGGCGCUGGGGGUGCCGCCGGAGGUGACGUGGGAGGAGUGCGGCGAGGAGCCCGGAGAGGCCCUGCACGCGGACGUGAUGAAGAGCGUCAAGUGGAUGGUGGAGGAGCUGGUGAGAGAGAGCCGCGUGCUUCUGUACCAGGGGCUGUACGACCUCAGGGACGGCGUGGUGUCGACGGAGGCGUGGGUGAGGGAGAUGGAGUGGGAGGGGCUGGAGAGCUUCCUGAAGGCGGAGCGGAAGGUGUGGAGGGUGGACGGAGAGCUAGCGGGGCAGGUGAAGCGGUGGGGGAGCUUGACCCACGCCGUCGUCCAUGGCGCCGGCCACCUUGUGCCGGCGGACCAGGGGAAGAGCGCGCAGGCGAUGAUCGAGGACUGGGUGAUGGAGAAGGGUUUGUUUGGUAGCGCAGCGGAUGGGGCCCAAACCAAGAAAGGCGCACACCAACAAUAAUGCAGUUUUUGUUCCCCCCCUUUUUUUUUUUUUCCUUAAUGAUCUUGAUAAUAAAGGACAUGCCCAAUUGGGAUUCUUAUUAAAUAAGAAUGUAACCUACUUUUAUUCUAUUAUAAUACAAUGGAAAUGAUGCUCGAAAAUCCA